AUGAUUCAAACUUUUGGGAUGACAGAUAAUUAUAAUAUGGAGUACACGGAGUGGCUACAUAUUGAUCUUGCCAAGGAUGCCUACUAUGAUGAAGUGGCUAGAGCGGAAGGAGAACAUGAGCAGUUCAUAAAAUGGUGUCUUGACGGAGAUCAUGCUCCUCAUCAUCUGCAUCCACCUGACUUAUGCUUUGAUCACACCCAGCAAUUGACAAAGCAUACAAGCGCUAAAACCGUCCCCAUUCAAAAAUUGAUCACUGACUAUGGUGCAACCUACUUCCAACAGGCCCUCACUCGUUACAUCGCACAACAACAGAAUCCAAAUGAGUCUGCGUUACUUGAGGAGACAAGCGUGUUCAACCCUAAAGGGAAGCAAGUGCAGCGAAGAUCUAGAGUAAAAUGGUGGGUGGUAGCUAGUAAGUUAAAGGGAAACGCGCCUAAGCACGGUCAUGCGGAGCCGAAGCACUACCGAGUAGAGGUGGAAUGA